GCUCAGUUUCUCUGGCCGGCUGGUGGCGGCCGCGCGCGCUCCUGUGGGCGGCACCGGUGGGUGACACUGGUCGGGGACACAGACCGGUGGGUGGCACUGGCAUAGUGGUAGGACUGGUGAAGGACCGGUGAACGGCUGGAAGGACCUUUGGAGAGGACCGCUGGAAGGACUCACUGUGGAGUGUCACAUUCCGCAUGGAGGUUCGGAGGAUGACGGCGGCGCUGCUGCUGCUCACAGCAGUCAGCGUUGGCGCGAUGAGGGCGCCGGACUGGGGAUGGGAUGACGACUUUCUGAAGCCGCACACGAAUGCCGAGCGGCCAGGCUGGUUUCGCCACACGCCUCCGAUGGCCCCCGACCAGAAUCCCUGGGAGUCGCUGAAAAACUCAGCUGGCGUAAAUCAGAGCGUCUCUGCAGAGGAUGAGAGUAACGACGACGCAGCGCAGACAGCCGAGGAGACGCCUCCACCGAAACCAACCCAAACAGCGCCUAUAGAGAGGAGUGAUACUGCUCCCCUAGAAACGGAGGGUCUCAAAGAUCAUUGGGAGGCACUGAAAAACGCAGUGGUCUCGAAACAGAAUACAACAGCGUCAGAACGUAGUGAUAACUCAACAGUUCAGAUCACCGAGUCACAAGAGCCGGCGAGUUUUACGCCUGCGGGACAGACUGAUACCGGCCUAUCAAGUACGGAAAGCAUCAGUCCUGGAUAUACAUUGAUAAAGAAGGUAAACCAAACGCAUGAUUACCAGGGAGACGAACAGCCUGACUUGGUGACAGAAUCGCCUUCAGUGAGCGAUACCAGCGAGGAUAACAAUGACUCAGGUGAGCACAAGAACGACUCGGAUGACCAGACGAGCGACGAGGGCGCCGAGGUCGCAAUCAAAAACCUGACCCUCACUGAAGCACCUGAUGAAGAAGCUGCGGAAGAUGAAAAGUCACCUAGUGUUUCUGGGCAAGUCAAUAGUGGUGAUCGUGGUGGAGGUGAUGUUGGUAUAGAUGACGUUUUGGUGAUCUUUCCUGACGAGAUAAAUGACUAUGGAGAAAACGAGAUAGAUGAAAAAGAAGCCUUUGAUGAAGAAAAACGCAGCAAAUUAGUAUCGAGAGAAGAUCAAAGCUCUGAAAAGGCGAACGACACCGUGGUCGCUGAGACUAAAAAAGACAUUGUUCUCGAUGCUGAGGCGAGCACUUUAACUCCAAUUUUGCAAGAAAAGUCUGUUGAAGAUGAAGCAGCAGCUGACGACGUCCCACCAACCACAUCAAAUAACUUGACAGUACAAAGCCCACACCAGCUAGCCAACACCUUGUCUCCGGAGGCCAAAGAAGACUUGGUGGCGGGAGAAACACGACAAACGGGCCAACUGGACCCUGUUACCCGGCGCCAUCCCUCGCCUAAGGACGACCGGGAGACCAGCUUGCUGCUGUCGCCGACCGAGGCUACCUCUCUGCUCUCUAUGGGCGGCACCACCACCGCAGUGACCAUCUCCGACCGCCGUCUGGACGAUACCGGCGACGAGCUGCGGCGCCUCCUGCAGGACGCGUCCCGUUCCACCACCAUCUCCCUCACGUCGCCCGACUUCAGCAACGGCACCUUCGUGGCCACCACGUUCCACCGCAAGCAGAACCCGUGGCUGCAGCGGUACGCGCCCUUCUUCUAUCCGGAGAACCCGGAGCCGGAGACGAUCGACGAGCUGGAGCGGCGCCAGGAGCCGGCGCCCGAGCUGCGGCGACUGAGGAUCGAGCACCUGGUCCUGGUGCCGCCCUCCAGCUACCCAGAUGAGGUACUGCGAACCGUCCAUGACGCCAAACUGCGAGCCCUGCCGAAGCCUCAGGAGGACGUUCAUAUCAAUCUGGGCCAGAAUGACGGCGGACGAAAGCCCACCAUAGAGGAACUGGCGAGAGGAGCGGAAUAUGUGAGCCAGGAGAAAGUACAAAACAUAGGCAGUGCGAAUGACGCAAGACAUAAUGGAAAAGCUCAAUCUGAACUGCAUGAGAAGCCGCCACACUCCGGGGUAAUUCACAAUGAACCUUUGGAAUGGAUACCGUUAAAUGACGCAGAACAACCGGAUGAGAAUGGAGACACUCUUCUGUUGCAUCCACCAGUGAGCGGCAUAGGUCCCCGGCCAGGAAGUGAUGCCGGUUCGGGCCACGGCGGUUUCUCACAGCCCAAAUUGGAAGAUAUACUUCCAAAUCAGCCAGGUGAAGAGGUCAACCACAGACCUCUGCCUGCCGGUGUGGCGCCAGGCAACGGCUACAUGAAGCCAAAACCAGAGGACAUCUUGUCUACUGCAGAGCACGGUGAGCUAGACCACAGGCUUCCUGCAUAUGCCCCGCCAAUAUCUGAUGCUUCCGGUUUGGAUAAGAAAGACGCUGCACAAGGAUUCACAGGUGAUACCUCAGCCAAAGGUAUCCGUCCAGACAAACCGAACGUCCUUGUGCUUCCUCCUCCAAUUCCAGCCAAUGCCGAACCUUCUUUGCCAGACGUUGGCACUUCAACUCUUCCUUUGUCCACCCCAUCAGGCUACUCCUCACCCAAACUGCGGGACGUCGUUACCAUCUCACAGUCCGGCCGCCUCGUGCCGCUCGCUCAUUCCCCGUUCAGUUCACCCGGAGACGCUUCAUCCGGGGGUCAGCUCGUCCAAAACAUUAACUUUUCUCCGCCGAAACCAGACGACGUGAUCCCGCUGUCCGAGUCCUUCAUGUAUGACGCCGCUCGUGCCACAGCCGCGGGUGUUCCCGAGGAACAGCAAGACGAAUACGGCGCUCCGAAGCUGUCCUCAAUUGUCGGGUCCACGCGAGUACAGGUGAAGUCGGUUACCCCUGGACGAAACCCGACGCAGGACGUGAUAGCUGACCUGGCAAUGAAGGAGGUGGCCCCGCCGGAGCUCGGUCAGCAGGGCGGUCUUCGCGGACCAAAGCUGGUCGAUCUGCUACGGCCGCACGCAGAAGGGACGAGGAGUCGCACGGACAAAGGAAAGGACGGGUACGGAACACCGAAACCAAGUCAUAUAAUCAACCUAGAUGACUUCCAGCUGUCUGCGGUAGGUGUGCUGGAUAGGCUGGAUUCACGAGCUGGAGACAGCAUACAAAAAGAGGCGCAACAAGGGGGCGGCGCACACAGCACGGAAAAUGUGCAAGGGGUUGCAAGGCUGAAACCCGAGGAUGUCAUCCUAGCCAGCGGCGACUUCGUUGGUGUUCCUGACUUCCGGCAGUCUUCAGCAGACAAUAACCAAGCAUCUGAUUCACCAAAUGACAAGAACCCACUGUUCAGUGCGCUCUUAGCGACAAGAAGGAAAACAAAGUGGAAUACGAACAAAGAACAAGGCGCUUCCGAUUCGGGACCGGACACACGAGAGAACUCUGUCUACUACAUUCCCAGCACAGCUCAGUCGCCUCCGAAGCCCGGGCACCCCUCGCCGACCGCACACCGUUUCACGCCCACAUCUAUUUACGACGUGCUGGCCUUCCCAGAGCCCCGCGGCCUGCCGGACGGAUCUGCCGUCGGGCAGCGGCCCGGCAGCGAACCCUCCCUCGACAGCCCGCUGUACGCAGACGCUGGGUGGCGGCCCAGUCUGUCGCCGUUCGGAGAGCUGGGUAAGGAUGGGGGACAGAUGUCUGGACGGCGGCUGGACGAGCAGGUAGAGGAUGAGGAUAGGUGGGUGUGGCCCCGCACCACGCGCACAGCAGACGUGACCGGCAGGGUGCUCUUCCGCGAGACGUGACCUGGUCUUCAGUGAAUCAGUGUCUGGAACAGUUAGAUCUACCUGAACUCAACGACUGGUAAUCAGUGCUGACUGCUGGUGUGUUCAGCUAAUCGUCAAAGCACAUAGUUACCAGGUUGGGCGACUGGUAAUCCGUUGUUAUGUUCGUUGGUCGUCAAGUGCAUGGAAAGGGUCAUAAUCAUGGAGGUAGACACAACCCGAGUAUUUAUAUCGAGUGAAU